AUGGAAUCAAUUAAAAGCUCUAUAGCGGAUCUCACGGAGCACUUUAACUUAAGAAUGGCAGAGUUCCAGAGAGACUUGAGAAAUGCUGUUCCUGCCUCAAGCCCCGUGUCCAAUAUCAACAGCCAAUUCAAUUCGUUUCGCAGUUUUGUAAUAGCGGCUCUUGAAAGUUUGCAACUGCAGGUGGAGCUGCUGUCCCAUCACUGUGAUGUGAUGGAGAUGCGGUCACGUAGGAAAAUACUCUUGGUCCAUGGUGUUCCGGAGGACAAACAUGAGAAUAUAUCGGCUCAUAUCUCAAAAGUUUUGGGCGAUCACCUUAAAUUCCCUGGAUUAACAGCUGACUCCAUAUCCCGUUCCCAUCGCCUUGGUCAGCCUGGCAAUGGUAAGCCACGUGCGAUUUUUGUGAAGUUCAAGGAUACUUCGGUUAAAGACAAGGUCUGGGGCGCCAAAAAGAACCUUAAAGGCACCGGUAUCACCAUAUCUGAAUUUCUGACCAAACGUCGCCAUGAAGUGUUUUUAGCAGCCCGGCAGCGAUUUGGGAUAUCUAGAUGCUGGACUGAUAAUGGUGUAGUGAUGGUGAUGGGGUCCGACCAGUCGAAGCACCGUGUUCACACAAAACAGGAACUGGAUGCCAUCCCCAGUGACAGUGUAGUGGUCCCGGGCCCUUCUGCUGCGACUGUUGUCUCAAAUGCAGUUAAGGAUACCAAAACAACAUAUUUGCGAUCUAAAAGGAACGUUAAGAAGUAA